AUGUGUUCCCUCUUUCCUCCUCUUAGGACAGCAUGCACGCUAUUGUUUCUCGUUGGUCCCAUCGUGCAAGGUCAGACCACUACCAGACUACCAGCAGCACCAUCAUAUCAAGAUGGAGUCUUUUCAAGCCCGGACACAGCUAUCACCCAAAUUGUCGACAAGGGAGUCGAGAUGAACGUUACCUGGGCCACGUCCUACGAGAGUGUCAACUUGUAUCUCAUCUUUGGUCAGGAUUAUACCAACCCAAGAGGGCUGAGAAUCAGCACUACAGACACCUUCUAUCUUUGGACGAUUGAUGAUUUCGGCAACAAUUCGCUACCAUUCUCGUUCCGGGCCGUCAAUGCCGCAGGCACCUCAAAGGAGCAGGCGGGCGGCGGCUUUUACACAGGUCAAUUCUGGAUACGCGAUCGAUCUGCGACCACCACGACGACUACGAGCUCAGCAGUGCCCACAACCACGACUACUAGGAGUUCGGCGGUACCAACGGCCUCGGAGUCUGUAUCGAGCACUGUAUCCACCACAGCGACCACUUUGCAAUCCACGAGUGCAAUCACCAUCACUCCGGUCUCAACCACUAGUACCACAACAGUAUCGUCAAGCGCAAGCGCCUCAGCACCGACCAGUACCACCAGUUCCUCUGACUCGUCGAGCCAGAGGCACCUCGUUAUUGGAGUUGGAGUUGGCAUAGGAGUAGGAGUGGCAGCUUUACUUAUUGGUGCGUUCGUCUUGUGGCGACGUCAUAACAACCACAAGCGACGUAAGAUUGAUGAAAUAUCGGCGUUCCGGGCGGACUCUUUGGGCGACCAGAAGAGUGAACGAUCAUUCCAGAUGAGCAAGCGACCCGGACCUUCUCACCUGUCUUCGUAUGAACUCGCUGAACAACCGAAACGAUCGCCAGUGGAAGUUGAUGGCUAG